AUGGAAGUCCUAAAGCUGAACUUCAUCCAACUCUUGAUAACCAUUCUCUACCAAACCGUACUUUCAUCUGAGGUAACAACCAACGUUCCUGGACCUAAGUUCAUCGUUGGAGAUCCAAGAAACUGCGAUGUUGACCUCAAAUCGAAUCGUAUGGAGGUACUGCCAGGGAUUGGAUGGGACAACCUCCAAAACCUUGAUAAAAGUCAAGUCUUAUUAGUGAAUUAUACUCAAUGUAAGACCACGGCAGAUAAGAAGUACCUACUACCAGACCAUACCUUUGUAGUACCCAUCAAAAAAAGCAGAGUAGAUAUGUUUUCACAGUUGUAUGAUCACUGGGCUGAUUACAAGAGUUCAAGCUCUUUUUCUAUAAACGCUGAAGCAUCAUUCUUCUCUGUGGUGAGUGGGUCAUUCUCUACCGACUUCCAAUACAACAAGGAAAGACAAGUCAAUGAUAGAUCUUUCACGACUCGAGUUCAGGUUCGACACUUACUCUACACCAUUAAAUCCCAGCCAGACGCACAACUCAGCAAACCAUUCUUGAAUCGUAUCAUCGAGAUUGCCGCCAACAUACAGAACAACAGGAGUGAUCUUGCAUGGUACCAUACUCAGAUACUAAUAAGAGAUUUUGGGACACACUACACUACGAGCGUGAAUGCAGGAGCAGCACUAGUCAAAGAGGACCACAUCAAGAACACCUUCCUUAAAAACACUUUCAAAACCUCCAUAGAUGUGAAAGCGGCGGCAAGCGCAUCGUUCUAUAGUAAGAUUAGUCUUCAGAUCGGAGGAGAAACCCAGUCUAGUAAAGAGUUUUUAGAUCAGUAUACCAGUAAUCAGACCUCAUCGAGAAUCUUCACCCAUGGUGGGCCACCUUUUGGUACUAACUUCUCAGUGAAUGACUGGGAGAAAGGACUUGUUAAUGAACUUGUUCCCAUCGACAGGGAUGGUGACCCACUCUUUUAUGCUAUAAACCCCACUUCGAUCCCAGGAUUACCCGCACCUACUGUGAACCAUGUCUCUAACAUGGUAAAGAAGGCAAUCGAGAUGUAUUAUAAGGUGAAUACAUUACCCGGAUGUACCGACAGCCAGUCACCUAACUUUUACUUCCAAGCGAAUAUAGACGACGGGACGUGCAAAAAUCCGGCAUACAACUUUACGUUUGGCGGGGUAUUCCAAAGAUGCUACCCCAUCCACAGUGAAGCAGGAAACUUGUGCACUCAACUUGAACAGAAGAACCCUAUAACAGGAGACUUCUCUUGUCCAAGUGGAUACAAAGAAGUCCUCCUGAUACGACCAGGUGGAAAACGACCCAGUAAAUCCUACUCUUACCACAAGACACAGUGCGACAAAUCUUGCCACAGCUGUGGGUUCCUCUGGCUAUCAACAUGCUGUAACACCUAUUGUCAGAAUGUCCUACACUACAGCCAGGYUGAGUAUGAUACUUACUGGUGCGCAGCCCAAGGGAGCCAUGUCACCCCUACUACUGGAGUAUUGUUUGGUGGGGUGUAUACGGUUACCUCUCCAAACCCCUUGACAGGAAGUCAGAAAUGUCCCAAUAGGUUCUACCCGAGAGUACUUGGAGGUCACGCUUAUGUCUGUAUAAGUGACGACUACGAGCUCGGCUACCAGAACUCGCUGCGAUUUGCGGGAUUCUUCAGUUGUAGUGCGGGUAACCCGCUAGCUAUCCCGAACAAGAAAAACCGCUCGGUGAACGGGACGCUCACGAGGUCGUUUAGUAGUAUGGAGAUGUUCUUUGCAAGCAGCAACGAGGUUGGAGGAAGUCAGUUCUAUGGUCCGUCCCAUUGUCCUAACGGCUACAGUCAGCACUUUGCAACACUGGAUAACGAGUGUGAAAUCAAUUAUUGUAUCAAGACUGGUUCCUUCAGAGAUGGAAAACUAAAGCCAGUCAAGAGACUUCCUGUUUCACCUAAACCUGGUACCAAUCCUAACUCAACAGAAGCCGUGGUAGUGAUCGGGGUGAAUGGUCAGAUGUGGGUGAAGAACAUGACCACAGGGGACUGGGAAUUGAAAGAAUACGAGAAUAAAGAGUCCAAACCGAGUCCAUCCAAACCCUUGUCUAAUGGUGCUACAGCGGCUAUCAGUGUCAGUGCCACUACCCUGGUCGCCAUCUUGAUUGUCGCUGUUUUUAUCGGGUAUCGAAAGCAUCGCCAGACGAAAACGUACCGAGGCAAUGGCUUGUUAGAUUCCUAUGUGGAGUCAGAACACAGACCCAUUAUUCCUUCAGAAGAGGAAUGA